AAAAUAAUUUUCAUAUGAUUUUUCAAAAGAAUUUAGUUUUUGUAAGAUGUCCAAAAUAUAUGCCCACGAGAGUGGUCCAAUUAUGACCCAUUAUGGUUUAAUUCCCUCCGCUUUUUCAUAAUUCUAAAAUUUUGAGGUUCCCCAAAUUUUUCAAUUUUUCGAUAAUGGCUGGUCCGUAUAGAUCGAGGGAAGGAUUAAGCACGAGGUCGGCAGCGGUCAGCGGUAAGUCUGAUGAAAUCCAGUUGAGAAUUGAUCCGAUGCACGUGGAUUUCGAUGAGGAGGUCUUCGGUCUACGCAAGCAAGUUCGACAACUCAGAAAUGUAGCUCAAGAGAUUGAAUCCGAAGCGAAAUACCAGAAUGAUUUUCUCAACCAGCUGCAAAUGACAUUGAUCAAUGCUCAGGCUGGGGUGAAAAAUAACAUGAGGAGGCUGAACAAGAGCAUCAUCAGGGAAGGAUCAAAUCACGUCAUGCAUGUGGUUCUUUUCGCACUUCUUUGUUUUUUUGUGGUCUAUUUGUGGUCGAAAAUUUCACGAAGAUGAGGACAAGAACUUCUCUGUUGCUUCCUCCCAUCCCACGGCUGGUACACUGAAUCCACUUUAAAAAAUAUCUGUUUUUUGUAUAAAAAUCAAAUGCAUUUUCUUGCAAAACCUUGCACGACUCCUAUAAGUCGUUACAAGUCACAAAAGCAUGCUUGUGGCUUUUCCAAACUUCUUGUAAAACAAAAGUAGUUAUAAGAAUAACAUGUAAAUACUCUGCUUAAGCAGGAAUUAAAAGAUGUUGUUGUUAUUAUUAUUAUUAUUUUGUUCGUGUGCA